AUGCUUACCAUUUUAGUGCAUAGAAUUCCAAAAUUCACUCAGACAGUAUUCACCUUCGAAACCAAGUUUUCUAACUGGAUCAAUGGAAGUCUGAUUGGUAGUCUUUCUCAGAGUGAUGAAAACUCCUCCUUAGCAUCGUGUGGAAGUGUUCAAUUCAACAUUGUACCUGGUUCAAACUACUUACCAGUAGCUAUCGAUGGAACAACUGGUAUUUUGAAAGCAAUUGAAAGUGAUUAUGAAACAAUGAAGAAUAAUCACACCAUCACUUUUCAAGUGACAGUUAGGAAUGCAAAUACUUCACUAAAUAUAUCUGAUGAUGCAACGGUCAACAUUUUAAUUGAUGAAAAUUAUUCUGAAGAAGAAACAGAAAGUGAAAUCACUGCAGUCAAAAGGUUCACAUUCACUACUGAUGAGUUUAGUGCUUCGAUUGGACAUAUAUCUUUGACGCUACCUACAACAUUCUCUACAUACCCAGAAGGUUACAAAAUAGAUACGCAACAAUUCGUUGGUGGUACCUUCGUACUGACUACCAUUGGCUACGUUAGCGUUUCAAAUCUACAGAAUCCAGGUGUUUAUGACACUACUUUGCCAAUGAUGAAUCGAUCAGUUCGUCUAACAGUUUUUAUCCAGAUAUAUAAACCAAGUUUGGUAUCCGUUAUGUUUGAAGCGAAAAUCUCACCAUUAGGUAAGAAUUCUACAGUGAAUUUUUGUGAGAGCCAACUCAUAGCAUUUGCAGGUUCUAAUUUGGCUGGGAAAAGUAACUUGACAUUAAAGGAUACCUCAAUCGUGAAUCAAGCUGAAAAGUUGCAAUUCUUUAAUGUUGAACUGAGUGUUCCACCUUAUACAACAGCGACUUAUACUAUCCUGAUAACUAAUACUGGUAAACUAAUGACGGAACCAUGUUCUGUGGAUUACUUGUUAACAGAAAAUAAUUCAACUAAGAACGUAAGUUUAAAAUAUCAUAAUAAUUGUUUCCAUUUUCCUUGUAUUUUAAAAACUCUUAUAAGGGAGGAUAAACUUUACGUGUUUACUUUAACAAACUUGUUUCAAUAA